AUGGUAUCGGAGCCGGUGCUCAUCAAACAAAUACUGGUGAAAGAGUUUUACAAAUUCCGGAACCGACCGAAGCCGGUGGACAGACCGCACGAUUCGGGCGAAAUCCUAUUUGACGCCAGGGAUGACCACUGGAAACGGAUCCGAGCCAUAGCCAGUCCGGCGUUCACAUCGGGUAAACUCCGGCGUAUGUAUCCACUCAUCGACGAGUGUUGCCGCGACUUUUUGGCCGCACUCGACCGGGACGUCGUGUCCGCCACGAGUGGUCACCUGGAAGUGGAUAUCAAGCGAGUGAUGAGCGCAUUCACAAUGGAUGUGAUCGCCAGCACAUCGUUCGCCACCAAAACCAACACCUAUUCAGACCCUAACAACCCGUUCAUUACGACAGUAAAGGGUAUUAUAGAUAAAAAUCGUUGGCAAAUACUGUUGGACACAGUGUUGCCCACAUUUAUGACCCAAAACCCGGUCUAUAAGCCGCGCACAAGUGAUGGCACAUCUGGUUUCGCGUUUAUCAUCGAUGUUAGUCGACGGUUAAUAUCUGAGCGCAAAAAGUCUGGUCACAAACGCCACGAUUUGUUGCAAUUAUUAAUCGAUGCCGAGAAAGAGGCCGACAAUAGUAGUAGUAAUGAGACCGUAAAGUCUGGUCCGAAGUCUACGGCCACCACCGAUGCCGUCGACACCGGCGGACAUCACGUGAACAAAGGGGUCGACGAACUGAUGGCAGAGAAACAGGCGUUGAGUGGAGUCGCGGCCAAGCGGUUGACCGAAGCGGAGAUCGUCGCCCAAUGCCUACUGUUUUUUAUCGUCGGUUACGAGACAACGGCCACAACACUGUCGUACUGUACCUACGAAUUGGCACUCAAUCCCGACAUUCAGGACAUGUUGGUGGCGGAGACCGCGGAGGCUGUCGACGAAGACACGGGUGACAUAGACUACGAGACCCUUUGCCGACUCCCAUAUCUGGACGCCGUUAUAUCGGAAACUCUACGCCAUUAUCCGACAUCUCUGAGACUGGAGAGGGAGGCCAUGGAUGAGGUGGUGCUGAGCACCGGUGGGUCUGACCUAAAGUGUGACAAAGGGGUUGUUGUGAAUAUCCCGGUUUACGCCAUACAUCACGAUCCCGACCACUAUCCCGACCCGUUUGCCUUCAAACCCGACCGAUUUUUGGCCCACAAUCGUCAUCACAUCAAACCCUAUACAUACCUGCCAUUCGGCGCCGGACCCCGUAAUUGCAUUGCCAUUAGGUUUGCUUUGUUGGAAGCUAAACUGGCCAUGGUCAAACUCGUAAACCAAUUCCGCUUCUACCGAGUGCCCGACACCGAUGUACCUGCUACUUUCUACCCAGGUCGUAAUGUUAUAACAGCCCAAAGGCUUAUUCUGGGCGUCGAGAAACGUUAA